AUGUUGAGCACCGUCAACAAGAGAAGACUUCUCCCUGGCAAGAGAAGACUGAGGAAACUUGGCCCGCCCAGCAGGAGCCACGAGGACGAGCGGGGGCCGGCGGGCCAGGUGGGCGCCGGCUCCACCUGCGCGCUGGGCGUGGCUCCCCGGGGCCGGCCCCGCCUCGGGGCGGGGCCCCCCUGCUCGGGCCGCGCCAUUGGCCCCCCUGCCCGGGCGGGCGUGGCCGGCGGGUCUGGGCCGGCGCGCGCGCUCCCCGCCGCCGCUUUCGGGCAGCUGCGUUGCACCGGGCCGGAGCGGAAAGAGCAUGAAGCGGCGGGGCGAGCGGGCGGCGGAGGCGGGCGGCUCCCCGGGCAGGGGCAGCGCCGCCCCCGCCGGACAGGCCGCGGCGGCGGCCGCCAGGGCCCUGCAGCCGGCGGCCGGGUAAGUCGCCCCCCCGUGCAAGCCAGCGCGCUCCCCUCGCCCCCCGUGCGCUUUGGAGACGCCUCCGCGGCCGGGCGGCGGGAGCUGUCGCUGCUGGGCAGGGGCGCGCAGUGGGUAGAGCCGGGUCUGGCAGAGGGGGGUUCGGGGCGCUCCCGCAGCGCCCGCGGGCCGGCCUACCUCGCAGGGGGACUUCUGGGCUAUCUCCCAAACCUUAAAAUCAAGAGGCUACUGGUGAAUUUGUUUAUUUUGUACGCUUCUUUCCCCUUCAUGGUUCGACUCUUUCCUUCACUCCUACGGAAGUUUGUCUAUCUCAAUUUUUUGUCUUACCCCUUCGGAGUCGACUUCCAGAAGCCCGAACUGUACGUCAACCACACAACCAACUUCUAUCUCACUUCCGAACCAGGGAUCACCUUUGGCAUUUGGCACGCCCUGCCUGACACCAGGUGGAAGGAGGCAGAAGGGAAGGACCGCAGCUGGCAUGAAGAGGCCCUGGCGGAUGAUAAUCCCAUCAUCAUCUAUCUCCAUGGCAACGGGGGUAACAGGGCAACAGGGCACAGAGUUCGUUUCACACAGUCAAUGAGCGAUGGCGGCUUCCACGUCCUGGCUGUUGACUACAGAGGCUAUGCGGACUCCACCGGCCAGCCUAGCGAGACAGGCUUCACCACAGACAUCCUGUAUCUCUAUCACUGGGUGAAGGCCCGGAGCGGAAACAGCACUGUGAUCUUCUGGGGCCACUCCCUUGGCACAGGAAUUUCUACGAACGUUGCCAGGGCGCUGAAAGAAAAAGAAGGGGUCAUCGUGGAUGCUGUAGUCCUAGAGGCGCCUUACACCAACAUGCGAGAUGCAGCAGCCACGAUCCCCGUGACAAAGAUCUACCGCAAGUUUCCUGGCUUCGAUUAUUUAAUAUUGGACACGAUGGCACUUGCUGGCAUGUACUUCCGUAAUGAUAAAAAUGUCCAAGUGAUGUCCAGCCCGAUCUUAAUUUUGCACUCGGAAGAUGAUUGCAUGAUACCCAUCAGCCAGGGGGAAAAGCUCUACGAGAUUGCCCACAACGCCUCCCAGAAGAAAGAAACCAUCCAGUUCAUUCCGUUCCCCACCAGCAAGGGCUUCGGACACGACCACAUUUCCUCCAACCCCGAGCUCCCUACCAUACUGAAAAAUUUCCUCCAGAGCGUCAAGUGA